AUGAAGUUUACACUUGCCGCUGCAACUGUAACAUCCAUCCUUUUCGUAUCUACCAUUACAGCCUCUCCUGCAGAUGGUUACGGAACAUAUGCAUCUUACGGAAGUUAUGGCAAUCCAAAACCCGCGGAUAAGCCAGCGGAUAUUCCCGCCCCAUCACCUGCUCAGAAAGGCGGGUCUCCCUUUGUCUUUACCAGCACAUACAAUGUAGUUGCUCUAGGAUCUGAAGUCAGAAAUGGCACCGUAUCAGUUCCGGGCCCUUCCAACGCUAUUGGAUAUUUCAAUUAUGGUAUCAAUUCUCAUGAAGAUACCAUCUGCUACAAUAUCACCCUCAUCAAUGUUCCUGGAACCUAUCAAUCCCCAGCCAAAACGGCCACUCACGUUCAUGAAGCAGCCCGGGGAACAUCCGGUCCUCCUCGUCUUGCUUUCCCAAACCCAAUUGGGGAUGAUUCUCGUCGCAUAAGUGUUGGGUGUAUGACUGGUCCAUUCAUGACUGGUCUUAAUGGUGCAGAUGGAAAGGAUACUGGUACAGGUUUUAAGGUUUCUCGAAUUGAAGCUAACCCAACUGGGUUCUUCACUGAUGUUCAUACAAAUCUGUUCCCCUUAGGCGUUGUCAGAGGCCAAUUGGCAUAG